CAUAUUGAACCUAUCCAGUUUGAUGGUAAGGACCUAAACGCGUCGGAACCGUCGGAACCGGUAUGUCUCACAUGGACGUAUGAGGACAUCUCUGAAGGUUCAGUUUUGGACGUGUUCAAGUGUGACUCCCUUGAAGUGGUUGCAGUCCGAAUAAAUUAAAGGAGAAAGUCAUAUGAAGGGAGAUCGACCGUGACGAAUCACCGACUCUUAUCAGCGAGGAGCAGACAGAUGACAGUUAAGUUGAUUUCGCCGCAAAAAUGCUUCCUCGGUUGGGUAAAGAGUUUCUGGUCCGGAUGCAGUUCAACUGGCGUCCGCUUUUCCAGGGCCGAGCCCUGCUCCUCACAAACACCCUGAGCGGAGGAGUAUUAUUGGCACUUGGAGACAUUGUGCAGCAGAGCCGGGAGAACUUAAAAAAGCCGGGCAGAGUACGAGACUGGAGGAGGACAGGUUGCAUGUUUACGGUGGGCUGCUCCUUAGGUCCGGUGCUGCAUUACUGGUACGGCUGGCUGGAUGGAGUGUUUGUGGGCAAAGCGCUGAAAACGGUGGGCAAAAAGGUUCUGGUGGACCAGGUGAUCGCCUCACCGUUUUUGGGCAUGUGGUAUUUUGUAGGUAUGGGUGUCAUGGAGGGACACACUAUAUCUGAAGGAUGGAAGGAGUUCACAAACAAGUUCUGGGAAUUUUAUAAGGCGGACUGUUGUGUUUGGCCUCCCGCUCAGAUGAUCAACUUUUACUUCCUUUCGCCCAAAUUCCGUGUUGUUUACAUCAACUUUAUCACCUUAGGGUGGGACACCUACCUUUCCUACCUCAAACACAGAGAUGACAGCCCCCCUGCUGAGCUGCUGUCAGACGGCAGCGCUGUGGAUAUUCAGCAGAAAGCGCUGCGGCCGUCCGAACCUCCGGAGCAGGAGAAAGCUUAGAGGCGUUCACUGGCUUCUUUUCCAUCAUUGAAAAGUUAUAAAGGAGAUUUAGUCUCGUGUUCCUUUAUCGAGUUGAAAACAACUGUUUGUGUCUGAGCUCAGAGGACUUGGGAAUGUUUAGAGCUUAGAUGUGUGUCUGUAUAUUUAUCUGAAAUGUGCCCUCCUGUAGGAGCAAUCAGGGAUGAAAUUAUCUUUUACUGCCUAUCGAGCUUGAUGCCAUUGACUCCGUCUUCUGGAAGGUAUUUAAAUGUAAGUUAAUUGUUGCACAAUUUUUGUGCAAAACUACAAGACAGUGGCAUUCGUUUUGUUUUUUGCUUUUAAUAUUUCUAAUAUGAAAUAAUCAGUUAAUGCUAUUGACAUGCAUUGACUUUGCCUUAAUGUCUAGAUCUGUACUAUGAAAUCUGUGUUUUGAUGAAAAUUAAUCUUGAUUUGAGGUUUAUCUCUUUGAGACUUUUAUGAAAGAAUUGCACAAUUAUGAUUACGUGCUUAAACAAUCAUUUACUUUUUUAUUUCGUGUUUUAUUUUGUACCAUAUCUAACUCAAUCCUCAACUGUAGUUAUAAACCGGAUUAAUUUCAAUUUUUCUUGUUAUUCUUUUAAUUUUAAAUGUGACUUGGUAUGCUUUACCUACUGUAAAUUUCCAGCUUCUAUUUCAUUAAUUUCUUUUUCAAAAUAUAAAUUCUGUCUAAAACAAAAACCUCUUUUUUUCUUUUACAUAUGGAGGAGGUUUGAUUAGGGUCACUUCUUCCUCAGUGUCUCGUAUCUUGAUUCAUUCAUUUAUAGUUAAAUUAAUACAUUUUUUUGCUCUUUCAUAUUCUCUGCAUAAAACAAGAAAAAUCUAAUCACAAGGAAAGUCAUUGUAGUUC